AUGGCGCCCCCGACUAGACAGUUUCACAGACUUUCAAUCGGUCAGGAUAUGCCUGCCUCCAGGACCCCUCGCGCCGAGGGUCAACCGGCCCCCACCCAGGGCCAUCGAGACGAAGGUGAUGACAGCUCAUCUGCCGAGAGUGAAAGCGAGGAGGAAGGUGAGGAGAGCGCGGAGAGCAGUGACGAUGAGUCCGAGGCCGGAUCAAAGGUCCGAGCCCAUUCAGGAAUCACCUACGACCUCAGCCAUCUAGAUACCGAGUCUGAAGCCCAGGCUAUGGUAGGUCUGAUGGGCGAAUUCGACGUGGUCAACUGCCGUGCUUCGUCCGAGGGGUUUGACUUUCAGCUUUUGGACCGACCGCGUGUGCACAUUGGGCCUGACUCGCCUACUUGUACCUGCUCAACCUUUCAAGACCGGCCCAAGGGUGCCUGUCAACACAUCUUCUGGCUCCUCGAUCAGCUGCAUGGUUGCUUCCUUUCUAACCCUCCGUCCACAGAAGUAGCCCUGUCCCACAACGGCCGUCCCGUUGUGCGCCAACGCAUCGAGGAUCUCCUGACAGGCAAGCUCGAGGCGGUGGCGAACCAGCUCAAUUGGCAGUACCUCCGGGACGAGGGAGACAGCAGGACGACGGCCAUGACACGGGUGGAAAAGGUACGAGACGUGCUCUCAGCAUUUACACCGACGAUCCUACCCGAAGAUUUCCGCCCCGACCUCGUGGAAACGACGACGCCGGCACGCACUGCAGAGCAGUGUGUCGUGCAAGGUGAUUUCCAAGCAACCAUCUUCCGACUAGCAGUGCACGACGACGGCGUCCGCAGCAGUCUCUGCAAGGCCAUGCCAGCCGGUGCUUGUGCAGCCAUCUACUUUGACAAAAUCCAGGAUCAUACUCGCCGCCUGCUAGCCGGCUUCGACCGGUACUGCGCCACGGGUGAAAUCCCUUCAAACCCGAGUAGUCCUGGCGGUGGUCCAGUACAGAUAGAUCAAGUUUUCGAGGAGCUACGCCGCUCCGUCUCUCGCAUCCGCUCGCACAUCGGUUUCCGCGCGCCCUACGGUUUCGAAGGUGCUGCCAAAGCCCUCGUCUUCAUUCUCGACGCUAUCUCCUCCCGGCACAAGGAUCCACUAGAUGGGAAUACCUGGGGCCGAACCUCUUUCCAAGGCGAAGACGAGGACCAGCGCAAUCUGUAUCUUAUGCUGAUCGGGGAUCCAGACAUGGACCUGGAACAAGACGCCGAUCUAUUCGUCAUUACUGCCCUUGAAGCCCUCCCUCCAGCCAGCCUCUACCAAUUUAUCGACGAGCUGCGAGACAUUCGGGGAAAGAUCGAGGUGAAUCGGGCACCAAAGGUAUUUCUCUAUCGACUAGGAGAUCUGAUUCGAUCGGCGGAAUUGGCUGCGAGUGCGUCGGGGCAGAAGAGGCCCGCGGCAGGGAAUUCGGGCGGUCAUUCUAAACGCACUCGAUAA